AUGACCAGACUAACAUCCCUCCCCGUCAUCCUCCUCGCCCUCGCCAACAUUACGCCAGCCUUGACAUUCUACAUCCCCCCUUUCCUAAAGCACCAAAACAGCACAAACGUAACCUACCACAUCCCACCUCCCCCUCCACCAUCCUCAUCUCCAUCCUCCCCCUCGGACAGCAUCAGCAACAUCUCCAACCUCCAAACAACAGACCCCUCCACGCCACCAACAGGCCCCGUCUACUUCCGCGGCAACCGCCGCUACGAGGACGAAAUCUGCGGCGCCUCCUCCUUCGUAGGCAUAACCCGCGCAACAUCCCCCCUCACAACGGACUGCCUCCUCCUCGCCGACAAGGCAGCGAAAGAGGGCUACGUCUGGUACGUCCGCGGCUUCACCGACAACACCACCAUCCUCGGCAUCCGCACCCACGGCACCUGCAACUUUGGCAUCCGCCCGCCCUACGCGGAUGCCCUCCCGAGCAUCAAGACGGGCUGGUACGUCGGCGGCGUGGACGUCGCGGAGGUGGUCCGCACCGCUGUGCGAGACUAUAAUGUGAGUGGGCAGACGGGCGCGAGCGGGAUGAUGCAUUGCUGGGCGAAUAGGGAGAAUCAUGGGUCCAUCAAUAAGCAAGUUGCACGCUACGAAAUCAGCGCUGUCUUCACUCAUCCUGACGCCUCCGUCGAUAUCGUCCUGGUCCAUGGUCUCAAUGGUCACCCCAAAAAUACAUGGACUUCCUCUUCGUCUUCGUCUCAACAUGAUGAAGGUGUGUUUUGGCCCACAGAUCUACUACCGCAGUCUCUAGGAAAGACUCGCGCCAAUAUCUUGGUCUAUGGCUACAACGCAGACGUCUAUACCACCGGUAAAAGCACAAGUGCAAGCGACAACUUCAUCUACCAACAUGCUCAGACACUGGUCACAAACCUCACCCUCUAUCGUAAAAGUGAGCGCACAGACAAGAACCCCAUCAUCUUCGUCGCACACAGCCUGGGCGGCAUUCUUGUCAAGCGAGCCCUCAUUUAUUCCAAUGACUUGAGAGACAAGAACCAAGAGGAUGCCAGAUCUAUCUUCGUCUCCACCUUUGGAAUCAUUUUCCUGGGAACGCCACACACCGGAUCUGACAUGGCAACAUGGGGUAUCGUUUUGCAAAAGAUGGCAGACGCUAUUGCGCCCAAGAAAAUGUUUGAGAGCGAGUCGGUGCUCCUCAAAACCUUGAAGAAGGACAACGAGACUCUGCAAAACAUCAAUAGCCACUUUCUCGACUUUUACCAGCGUUUCAAAAUUCACAUGGCCCAUGAAAAUCACAAAACGGAUAUCAGAGGAACGAUGGCCCCUCAUUCCGGAAUGUGCAAGUUCAACAGCAGCAGCGCUCCUGGAUACAGAAACGUUUCAACCGCUAUUCGGACGUGGGCAGAAGAGGCUCCGCCAGUGAUUCGAACCCGUUGGGACAUUGAAAUGGACGACAGGAAAGCCAGAGCACAAUCCGAGGCAGCCGAGAUCACCCGCGAGUAUGCUCAACAAUCAUCACCUGUUGACACAACAAGCACCCGAUCCGCUCCUAUUUCUGACUCUACCACCCAAGUCUUGAACUUUGGUCCUCAUUUUGUUCAUCCUGACCGAUUCCGACCCAACUCGUUCUUCAAAGGGCGAGAGGACUAUCUUGCAGAUCUUCACAAACUGUUGAAAGACCCGAAGAGGCGUUCAGAGGGGACAUCUGCGGUUUUGAUUCAGGGCAUUCCUGGUGUCGGGAAAACACAUCUUGCUCGACAGUAUUAUUUCAAUCACAAGGACCAGUAUUCUGGGGGCGCAUACUGGAUCAGGUCUACCACGUUGCAAGAUAUGGAAGACGGGUUCUGGCGCAUUGCGAAAACCCAGGCUAUCAAGGGCAUGGCUGCUCAAGGACAUAAGAAGGAUUUGUUAAAUCCACACAACAUGGUCGAUAUCGUCAGACGGUGGUUCAAUGAGUCAAGCGAUUGGCUGCUAGUGUUUGAUGGCAUUCGCGUCAACGACAAAGCGAUUCUCAAGUACAUACCCGACCGGCCAAACAGCAGUCUCAUCUACACAUCAACUGACCGGUGUGAUCCUGGGUCUUAUCUUCUUGACAACCCCAGCAUGAUGAAGUUGCCUCUACCACCCAUUCAAGACGCACAGGAGUUGUUGCUCGAAGAGAUGGGAAAGAAACACCCAUACAACACUGAUGAUCUCAGACGAGCUCAUGAAUUGGUACAGCUGAUGGGUCGCCUCCCGCUGAUGAUUCACGCCGCUGCUGUGAACAUGAAUACCACGAGAGAACCGCUUGCAAAGUAUCUCAAGACCUUCCGGGACUCACCAAAAGUUGGCGAGCUUCCUGCAUACAUGGCGAUUCGAGAUCAGUUGCAGAGUCGCGGUAAUUACGCGGCGUUGAAUCUGAUCUACAUACUCUCCUUCUUCAGUCAAUUCAUACCGGUUGAACUGCUGGCUCUUGGCUUGGGAGCUUUGGACAAGCGAACACCGGUGAAGACGGAAACGACAAAGGGCAGAAGGAGCCUAACACAGACUUUCGUUACUUUGAUAAGCUUCGCCCUUAUCGAACGAAACGAAGCUGAUGACGUCUCUUCCUCGAGCUCGCAGAGCGGUCUCGACACGACUCCUGAGCCUUUGGAUACACUCCGUGUUCACAGUGUUGUACAGGCGUUCUUUAUUGAACUUCUUGCCAAGGAAGGACAGCUGAAUUUCUGGCUGGAGCGGGCCAUCCGCGUCUUCUGCGCGUCGUUCGAUGAGGCCUAUACCAGGAUGAACGACGAGCCUGCCACUGGCCUUCCCGAAGACUACAGACAAUACAUUCGACACGGCAGAAGGUUAAAGGACCUUAUUGACCGCCAUGUUGUUGAUCGCCCAACUCACCGAAAUAGAACCGGACCUGUGAAUCUUGACGCUGCUCGAAAAGACUUAGAAGAACGACUCGCGAAGGUGCCUGCAGACCUUAAUGACUUACAGAGGACCAUAUCUACCCGAAUCAUCGACGGAAAGGAGGCCGCUCAUAAUUCUGUUUUCGAGCGCAUGAACAGUUUAUCGUCGCAUUCAACAGACGCCUCUGGUGCCGCUGUACUCUCUCAAUCACCAGGGGUCUACUCGGCUGCAUUGGAGCAAGAAUAUAAAUUGCCGCUGACAACCCACAACCCGCUUCACUUCCACAUGCCUUAUGUACCUUACGUGGAUGAACAGGCAUCUCCGGUUGAGUACCAGGGGUCCGAGGAUCGAACCAUUACUCCAUACCCGCCUGACAUUGAAGAAGGUCCAUACAAUGACACGGCUGACCCUGCGUGGACUGUUGUGGCCAGACACCGGUCAGUGAAGAAACAGUCACUGAGGCGCUACCAUGAUCGUGGAGGAGCAUGGAGAGAGACAGCCGUCGCGACAAAUGAUCCUCGUGUGAGCAUCAGUCGGGAGUCUGCAAGAGGCCUCAUCACCCCACCUCAGUCUUCCAGAGGCGGCAGAUCACCCAGGAUCACCACCACCACCUCGUGGCGGUGGCUACAUAUACGACAAGGGCAGAAGCUCCAGUGCUGGUACAUCUGUAAGGCCAACCUCGAUGCUUGGAGCUUCAAGUUAUGCCAAGGCCGUGUCAGGCACCGCAGUCGAGGAAGAGGUCCCCUCCUUUCCUACUUUCGCAUCUCCCCCUUCACGGGCCGCGACAAUCGACAGGAAAGCUGCUUACGAUGAUCGGUCCGUCUACAGCCUACAGACCGUGAAUAGCCGCACGCCUUCCACGGCUCUCAGGUUGAAAGAAAAUCAAUUUCCAAAGUUAACUGAAUCUGGAAAUGCGUCUCGAUCGACCGAACAGUCUCGCCAAUCGCAGAUUCAAGAAUCCACUUCGAAACCGUCUUUUCAAAAAUUCCUGCGCCGCUUGGGCAGAUCCGUCAGUGGGGGAAAGCGCCACGAGAAAUCAGGCCCAGGCAAAGUUUCUUCCAGCGGUUCAUCGAUCUCGUCCAUUCCGAGAUCGUCGGAAGAACUCCCGUACACAUACCAGGAGGAUGUGAGAACAGCGAACUCCAGUCCGGGUCUGGCUUACCCACAACAAUUUCCCUCCGGACUGUCUGUUGUCACAAACCAAGAGAGUAGUCUGCGAGAGCAUCCCCUCGAUCGGCAGUCAAACUCACAGCCACCGUACACAUACCAGGAUGAAUCUGACAAUGAUGUUCUUUCCCAGUCUGAUCCAUGUCUGGGUCGCCCAAGUCUGAACAUUUUUCCCGCUGAGAAUAUGGGCUAUCCGCCGCCGCCGCGGCAGGUUCCAUCUAGCACAUAUCAAGACAACUAUCGGCCAGGAAGUCAUAUGGAUCCUACGCCACCAAAUGGGUAUUCAUCGCAGCCCAUGUCUAGGAACCCAAGCUCGAAUCCUCGACAUGCGACAGCGACUGGCUCAGUAGGCACAGCUUUGAGCAGCAAUAGCGGAAGUGUCAGGUCAAGUCUCCCUCAUCGGCGAGCGCCGUCCAUGGUGGAGACGGAGCCUUCACCGCGCCUUUCCCCAAUAGAAAUGGACCAAACCUCUUACGACAUAUGGAGGAAUAGGCAGACUGGGCAGCCCAUUGACGAGGCGCUAUUUGGACGCAGCAAUAUGCCCCGUCGACUGCCUGUCGGUCGUGUUCCCAGCUUCAUACGGGAAAGCCCGACAAUGAGCCCGCGGCCUCUGCCUGGCAACAGCGAACCAAUGUCUAGAUCCGGGUCCGGGGGUAUCAGAACUACAGAUGGACGGCUCAUCUCGUUUGGCGAUAUUCCCGUGGACAUUGAAGAAGCA